UUCUCUGUGCGUUGCUCCUCUCCUCCGCCCAAUCUCUCUCUCUCUCUCCUCCCAUCUGCCCAUGCUCUCUUCCUCCUCAAACCACAGCAAAACCCUCCUCACUCCUCCCCUCUCCUCCUUCUCCCACAAACCCUAACCGCCAAUUCCUCUUCCGCCACCUCCUCGGCCAAUCAAUCGACCCCAGAUGGCCUCCCGGGACCAAGCCCUAUCACUCCUAGCCGCCGCAAACAACCACGGCGACUUGGCGGUGAAGCUCUCGUCUCUCAAGCAGGUCAGGGACAUUCUCCUCGCCGUGGACCCUUCCCUCGCAUCAGAGCUCUUCCCUUACCUUGCCGAGCUCCAGUCCUCGCCCCAGAGCCUCGUCAGGAAGUCUCUCGUCGAGAUAGUGGAAGAGAUUGGGUCGAAAGCAAUGGAAUACUUGGCAGUAUUGAUGCCAGUCUUACUGGCAUUAUUGAGAGAUGCUGAUCCAGAUGUUGCAGCACAGUCCGUCAUCAGUGGCACGAAGCUCUUCAGUGGUAUUCUCGAGGAGAUGGCAGUGCAGAUGCAUCACCGAGGAAAAGUCGAGAGGUGGCUUGAAGAUCUUUGGACGUGGAUGGUUAAGUUCAAAGAUGAUGUGUAUACCAUUGCAAUUGAGAUAGGUCCUGUUCGUACGAGACUGUUGGCGUUAAAAUUCUUGGAGACAUAUGUUUUACUUUUCUCACCUGACAAGAAUGAUUCUGGAAGACCUGUGGUCGCAGGGAGCAGACACGUAUUUAAUGUUUCAUGGCUAGUUGGAGGCCACCCUGUUCUUGAUCCAGCUGUGUACAUAGCAGAAGCGAAAAGGAUCGUUGGAACUUUAUUCGAUCUGCUCAAAACAGCUAGUAGUCUUCCAGGAUGUCUGACAGUUACCAUUGUCAAUUGGUAGUACAACGCCUUCUGCAUUUGCCUGAUAUUAUUGCAGUGUGCUGUCGAGCUAUCCUUUAAGGAGUUGAUGGCUUCAAGUACUGCUGCCUUCGCUGGUUCUGAAACUUGGAGUACCUGAGCUAGACAAUGUGAUACUGGACUACUUAAGCUGAUAGAAACUUUGCAGUUAAAGGAAGCAAUUAUGCCUUGUAAACUGUCAGCUAGGCCAUAAAAUAUAACAUUCUUUCAUUUAUCUGCUGCAUUUGCCUGCAGCUGGUUAUGUAUAUAAAUCCUUGAUAACAGAUUAUACACAUUUUAUACCAUAAUGAUUGAGAGUACUUUAUACAGGAAUUUCUUCUCUUUCA